UGCGCGACGAUGCCGCGAAUUGAAACGGAGACAAAGCUGGACUUCAAGGACGUGCUCAUUCGACCCAAGCGAAGCACCUUGAAGAGCCGAUCUCAAGUUGACGUCUCCCGCACGUUCACCUUUCGCAAUUCGAAGCGAACAUGGACUGGCGUGCCGGUGAUUGCCGCCAAUAUGGACACUGUCGGAACUUUUGAGAUGGCAAGAGUUCUCUCGGCGAACCAGUGCAUCACGUGCAUCCACAAGCACUACACCGUGGACGAGUGGAACGCAUUUGCACAGAGUGACCCAGACGUGCUGCCGUUCAUCGCCGUGAGUGCUGGCACGAGCACUGCGGACUUGGAACGCGUCUCGAGUGUUUUGAAUGCGCACGCCGCGAUUGCGUUUGUCUGCUUGGACGUAGCGAACGGGUAUUCCGAACACUUUGUCGACGCCGUGCGUUUGGUUCGUGCCCAGCACCCGACGCACACCAUCAUCGCAGGGAACGUCGUGACGGGGGAAAUGGUCGAAGAGUUGGUGCUCAGCGGCGCCGACAUCAUUAAGAUCGGUAUCGGUCCUGGCUCCGUGUGCACCACUCGCAAACAGACGGGCGUGGGGUAUCCGCAGCUGUCGGCUGUGCUCGAGAGCGCCGAUGCCGCGCAUGGACUUCGCGGGCACGUCAUUUCCGACGGUGGAUGCACCUGCCCGGGGGACGUGGCCAAGGCCUUUGGCGCAGGAGCGGACUUUGUCAUGUUGGGUGGGAUGCUCGCCGGGCACGACGAGAGUGGUGGGGACGUGAUAGAAACGACCGAUGGGCAAUUGGUCAAGCGUUUCUACGGCAUGAGUUCUGCGACCGCGAUGAAGAAACAUGCGGGGGGAGUGGCCGAGUACCGUUCCAGCGAGGGCAAGAGCGUCACGGUGCCGUAUCGGGGGCCCGUGGACAAGACGAUCAAGGACAUCUUGGGCGGUGUCCGCUCCACGUGCACAUAUGUUGGCGCUGGCCAGUUGAAGGAGCUCACCAAGCGCACCACGUUCAUUCGAGUGAGCCAGCAACUCAACGAAGUGUUUGGCAAAGCCCCCAACGAACAAGAAGAGGACGCACGUGUAACGUUAGCCACGAAAGCCCAGACCACGACCUAGACGACCUGCAAGUGUCUUAUCCCUUUGAUUCCACGGAAAAACAACUGAAAACUAGUGCCAAUAUCGUUCAUAACGUUAUGACAAAGCGUGUCAUCAAUGCACUUUUGGGUGAGUCAGUUUGGGAAUAAACGUUUCAAAUAAUUCGUCAGUGAAAUAGACUGAAAGAUCUAA